AUGAAUCCAACGAUGGAGUCACCAAGGCCGAGUCUGGUGCGCCGCUUCACUGCUGAACUCAAGGCAGACUCCAACUUAGCGUCUCAGGUCAAGUCAUACCAAGAGAACCUGGAUGCAGAAACCCAGGAGCAGGGUAAACUACAUAUGGAUAUUAUCUAUCAUGGCCAACUGCCAACAGAGAGUCCUCUCGAUGGACUCGAAAUUGCACGCCAAACCCUUCAAUCCAAGUGUGAUGAGUUCUUCAGGCACCAAGAAGAGAAGGCAGAAGCGGACAGAAAAAGAUCAGGCGUGACACGAUUCUUCCAUGGAAACGCGACCGGGCAGAAACUGGCCAAGUACAUCAGUCGUCGUGGCCAGCUCACAGUGGAUCAAGUCCCUUCUAUCACCAAUGAGUUGGAAGCUCAAUGGGUAGAAUCAAACAGCAAGGCGGCGACAAACUUUGUAAAGAUAUGCAAAGUUCUCGACUCUCAUAAGCAAAUCUUUGAGAUUUUCCCAAGUGAAACCGCCUAUACAUCUGCUCUGUGUGGCGCUGUCUCAAUGAUCAUCCAGGCCUCGGUGACUUAUUCGGAUAUUGCAGAGCAGCUUUCGCGUUAUGUCAAGGAGCUGUCGGAAAAAAUCGCUCUUUGUACGAAGUGGCUCGACCUCUUUAAAACCCCUGAAAUGCAAGCACGCCUGUCUGAUAUCUAUACGCAAUAUUUCGAUUUCUUUAUCAAGGUGGCGACCUGGUAUUUGAAGCCCAAAGCUUCGAAAAUACUUGAUUCUUUCAAUUCCAACUUUGCGACUCGCUACAAGAGCGCGUCGGAAUCAAUCAAAGAGUCAAUUCAAAUGAUCGACGACCAAGCUCGGUUUGAGACCGUGCGGGAGACCAAACAAAUGAGACCGCAUUUCGACCGCGCAAUUGCCCAUCUUGAGCAGCUGUCUUUGGCGACUUUGGAUAGCGUUCGAAAAGGGCUGAGAGGGAAAGAAGAUGAAUACGAAGCUGCCAGAACAAUGUGCACCCUUUUAGAGCAGAUGGACGAACGCAAUAGGCAGUUGGAGGAGCGCAGUAUUCAAAUGCAGGAACGCAUGUCUAAAGAAAUAGACCGUAUACAUCUAUUGUAUGAGCGGCAGACUAGAGAAACAAUAGCCAUUGGGAACACACCGAUGAACGAGAGAGAGAUCUCAGAGAUCGAGGAUGUUCCUCAGAAAGUUGACAGGGCUGAAGCCGAGCUGGUCUGUCGAAGCCUUCUCACGUCCCUGAUAGAUCAAGUGGGCGGCAGUGAUGGCAUCAGACUCGCUAUUCAAACGGGACGGCUUGCUGCUAAGCCCGCUAUUAUCCAAAUACUUGGAAAAUGGACACAAGCCACAUCGCAUGAUGCUCUGAACCUUUGGAUUAUGAGUCCCCACGAGCAUGGGGUACAGAGCAGCGCACAACUUGCCGCCCUCGGGGUCAUUUGGACGGCGAUUCAAGCCCGGGCCCAAUUUGUAUCUUACAUCUGCCAACGACCCCAGUACGGGAAUAUCUCAGGUUUCCAGGACGUCGAAGAUCAAGCCAGUGCUCUCGGGAUGGUCUACAGUCUCAUAUGCCAGCUGCUGCAAUUUCAACCGCCAAAUGACAGAGUGCAACUGCUACCCGAGAUGGUCGAUGGACUCACGCAGCCGGGCAAGCGCUGGACAACUGGAUUGAAGGUGCUACAAUAUCUGCUGGAAAACACAUCUACUCUGCGGUACUGUAUCAUCCAUGGGAUCAAUCUCCUUGAGGGCGAUGCGCAGGAUAUGUGCCAGGAGUUCGUGGACCUGCUCUUUGCGCAUUCUAGAAAUGCCGAGUGGCCUCUUCGGAUUCUUCUUACUACCUCCGGGCAGUCAAGGGUGCUUACUGACUCAGUGAGUCUGGAAAACAAGGUCAUUUCUCACAACACAUUUCGUCGAACGAAAGUGAGUCUGGUAUCUCAAUAUGUCCAAAUGGCCGAGUAG